AAUCAGGGGAAGCAAUGAAACCAGGGAUUUUUGGCUCUACCAUUCUAUUUCCUGCUUUAAAUAUCUCUCUUCCCAGACCAUGGACAGAGUAAGUUUUUCCGAUUUAGUCUGGAUCGAUUAUUUGUUGAGAGAACUGAAAAGUGAGUAAGAAGAGAUGGAGAUGGCAGGUUCCAUGAGGAAAUGGGUAUCUGAGAAUAAAAUCACCUCAGUAGGGGCACUGUGGAGUUCAAGUUUAGGGGCUUCUCUUGCUUAUAACUUCUCAAAACCCUCCAUGAAAACCAGUCUCAAGCUUAUACAUGCCAGGAUACACGCACAGGGUAUUACUCUGGCAGCACUCUCUGUAGCUGCUCUUCUUCAUUUGUAUGAACAGAAUGCCCAGGAAAAGCUCAAGCAAAAUCACGGCAUUGCUUAGUCGCCACAAAUCUCAAAUGCAUAUGAUAUUAAUUCACUGUAGAUCUGGUUCUGUUUACCAUGUACUCUAAUGUUUCAGAGCUUUUUUGGUUACUUCUUAUGUAAUUAGAUUCAAAAUGUUACAGAAAAGAGAUGUUGUAAGUAGUGUAAUGUAAUUCGACUGAUUUCCGAAGUUAUAAAGAAAUAUAUCCCCUUCAGUUAAGUUUAA